AGCGCGCGCGUGACACGGGGCGGGGCGGGGCGACAGUGGACAGCGCCGCCGAGGCCGGAGGCUCCAGACCGACGCGGAGGUCCGGUCCCGCCGGGCGUCCCGCCCCGCGUCCAGGCCUGUGGGCAACCCCUGCCUCCCCCGCCUCCCCGCCUCUCCCACCAGCCAUGGCCCUGGUCAGCAUCAACGAGCUGCCCGAGAACAUUCUGCUGGAGGUGUUCACGCACGCGCCUGCCCGCCAACUGCUGCGCUGUCGCCUGGUCUGCAGCCUCUGGAGAGACCUCAUUGACCUGGUGACACUCUGGAAGCGAAAGUGCCUGCGGGAGGGCUUCAUCACUGAGGACUGGGACCAGCCCGUGGCCGACUGGAAGGUCUUCUAUUUCCUGUGCAGCCUCCGCCGGAAUCUCCUGCGGAACCCGUGUGCGGAAGAGGAUCUGACAUCCUGGCAAAUUGACUCCAACGGCGGAGACAAGUGGAAGGUAGAGCGCCUCCCUGGAGACCAUGGCACAGAUUUUCCAGACUCCAAAGUCAAGAAGUACUUUGUCACAUCUUUUGGGAUGUGCCUCAAGUCCCAGCUGGUGGACCUCAAGGCCGAGGGCUACUGGGAGGAUCUGCUAGACACAUUCCGGCCUGAAAUCGAGGUUAAGGACUGGUUCGCCGCCAGAGCCGACUGUGGCUGCACGUACCACAUCCGAGUGCAGCUGGUCUCAGAAAACUACAUCGUCCUGGCCUCCUUCGAGCCCCCGCCUGUGACCAUUGAUCAGUGGAACAGUGCCGAGUGGACAGAGGUGUCCCACACUUUCUCGGAUUACCCGUCAGGGGUCCGCCACAUCCUCUUCCAGCACGGGGGCAAGGACACCCAGUUCUGGGCAGGCUGGUAUGGGCCCCGUGUCACCAACAGCAGCAUCAUCAUCACCCCUAAGAUGACCAGGGACCGGGGCCCCUCCACGGCUCAGCCUGAGACCCUGCAGGGGCAGGAGAAGGCUGCCCACCUGCCCUCCUCACUUCAUCUGCACGGGCCCUUCUGACAGUCUGACGUUCGCUGGCGUUCAGCCAUCCUCUCUCUGGGCCGCUCGACUUCCGGAGGUCCCCUCCAGCGGAGCCUGUAGUGGGCAGUGAGGGCCCCUACCCUGGGAGCCCCUACCCCAGUUCCAACCUUGGGCAAACCCAGCAAUUUGUGGCAACUCCCUGUCAUAUACUCUGACAUUUCCUGACAAUAAAUACUUUCAGUAAAACCA